AUGAGCAUUAGACAAGCAACUCUUGACGACUUGAUUUAUAUUCAAAACUGUAAUUUACUGGAUCUUCCAGAAAACUACCAAAUGAAGUAUUACCUUUACCAUGCUUUAUCUUGGCCUCAGCUUUCUUUCGUUGCUGAAGAUGAAAAUGGCAAGAUUGUUGGAUACGUAUUAGCUAAAAUGGAAGAAGAACCUACAGACGUUCCUCAUGGCCAUAUCACAUCUUUAUCUGUUAUGCGUACCUAUAGACGUCUUGGUAUUGCUCAAAAGUUGAUGACUCAAGCUACCAGUCAAAUGGCCACUGUCUUUGGUGCUCAUUACGUCUCUCUACACGUCCGUAAAACCAAUCGUGCUGCCAUUGGCCUUUAUAGAGAUACUUUGAAGUUUGAUGUGCAUGACAUUGAGAAAAAGUAUUAUGCUGAUGGUGAAGAUGCUUUGGCAAUGCGUUUGAAUUUGAAGGAAACAAAGCCUGUCAUUCGUGGUGUUGUGGAAGAGGUUAAUGAAGCUGUUGCUGCUCAUUAA